AUGAAAGCAUCUCAUCGGCUCUCAAAGAUGUUCAGGGGUGCCCGCAAUGCAGGGGAGCACCCUUACUGGUUGGGCGAGAACAUUUGGAACUCUUGCACAUUGGAAUUCCGCAGAGUUUUGCAACAACACCAACCUUCUUCUUCCACCCAUUCUGUUGAUGAGGCCAUCCAGCGCUUGACACAGCUGCUACAGGAACGUGAACAGGAAAACCGUGAAUUGAGAGAAGAAUGCAGUGACUUGAGAACCGAGUUUACAAACUUCAAGUCCCUGGUCAUGAGAGCGCUGUCUCAAGCUUCAGACACUACUUCCACCGUCCCAUCGACCCAGCCACGACCCUCCUCGUCACCCGCGUCCCUCAGCAGCCCAGAUCAGUCCAACCCACACAAGUCCAGCCAUCUGCAAAGGAUCAGCAGGAUGAUGAAGAUGGAGCUGAUGACUAUAACUGGUGAUCAAUCUCGAGACAUAGUAUUGGUUCUUGCAACAAACAGACCGAGUGAUCUUGAUAGUACAGUUACUGAUCGCAUUGAUGAAGUGAUUGAAUUUUCGCUUCCGGGAGAGGAAGAGCGUCUGAAGUUAUUGAAGCUCUAUUUAAACAAAUAUUUAUGUGAUGACAGUGAUGGUUCUAAGGGAGGCUUCUUGCUGAAGAAGCAGCCUCAAAAGAUUACUAUAAAAGAUUUAUCAGAGGAUGACUUUAGAGAAGCUGCGAAGAAAACGGAGGGAUUUUCAGGCCGUGAGAUAGCCAAACUCAUGGCUAGUGUCCAAGCUGCUGUCUAUGGGCGCCCAGACUGCAUCUUGGAUUCCCAGUUGUUUAAAGAGAUUGUAGAUUACAAGGUGGUGGAACAUCACCAACGACUAAAACUAGCAGCUGAAGAUGAAGCAGAUUUAGAAGAAUCUUUCCGGCAUUAUUAAUCAUUAGGAGUAGGAGGCUUUAAUGGCUUGGAAGCAGCAUUCCAGCAUAACCUUUCCACUUCAUGCUAAGGAGAAAGAAGCCAUGUUUUUNAGANCAUCAGAGAAGUCAAAAUUUCAUCGAUUAAUAAAUUUUUAGGAUACGCUCAAAGUUGUAAUUUAAAUUGCAUUUUUUAUGAAUUUUAUUUCAUUCCAAUUCCAGUGAA